AAAAUUGUUUGAACGAACAAUCCAAAAUCGCCGCGUGCUAAUUCAUGAAAAAAUUACCUUUGUGCUAAUUCAAAACUUCAACGGCUCUUUGGAGCCGUAAAAACAUACCAAAAGUAUUGAUUAAGUUUUUGUUUGUGAAAGUAACGAUAGAAUCUAGAUGAGAUAAGAUGGAACAACAAAAGAAAUUUCGUCGUCCCAUCAUACCAAGUGAAGAUUUCAUUGAUCCGGACCUUAUGGAUACAAGUGAUGGCAAAUAUAUCGCCGACUGGAUGAAAAUUCGUUCAAAAUUGCCUCGAGGUCCGCGACAGUUGUUUGAUUUAGAAGGAGCAAAAAAUCGGCCUGCUCCAAAGCUCAGCUUACAUUAUUUGCCCGACAACGAUGAAAAUGCCGAAAACACGUCUCCCGAAAGUGUCAACAGUGAACCGGUCUCAAACGCAGGCGCCAAACAACCUGUUGAAUGCCCAACAACAACAGAGGAACAACAACCCGAGCACAAUAAUUCGUUGUUUAAUCGUUUUGCGAACACCGUAAAAUCCAUGAUUCCGCAUCGAAAGACACAAAACUCACCGCGAAAGUCUCCGCGCAAGUCAAAAGGCUUAUCGCCGCGACGCGUAACUCUCACACGCAAGGAAAUCUUGAACAACAUCGACAAGAAAUCCACUUACGAUGUCAUGAGUACGCCAAUUACGGGUCAUCGAGCGUCGUUAAAUGCCUCAGAAUCGCCGAUUCGGUUAGCUGCGAGCAGCAGUCGUCGCAUUUCGGUGCUAAAACCGGAGAUAAUCAACAAAGGUGUAGAAGAAAAACGACAAAAUACCCCAAAAAAGACAUUGAACAACUCAAAAUGUACCGUCGUUGUGUUAGAAAAUGUCGAAAUUGCACCCGUAGAGAUUUCUUCUGAUGAUAUGAACGUUGAGCAAGUCUCGCCAAUCGGGAUUUUGCAACGAAAUGACAAUAUUCGACCGAAAAAUUUGUCAAAUAUGAUCGAUCAGAACAAAAGUCGUCAAAGUUCGUCGUUAUCGUUGUCAAUGAUUCCCGAGAGAAAUGAAAAUUUCGAACAAAUCAACACAGAUACGGACUCUGGAUGUGAAGAAAUUGCCACGGAGCCUCGUCAAAAGGAGAUUAUCGUGCCAGAAACGCAAGAUCCUGAUUUGGAAGAACACGAAGAAGUUCCUGAAACGCAAGAAGAGCCUCAAAACGAAGAAGAAAUUGUACCGGAAACGCAAGAAGAGCCCCAAGAUGAAGAAGAAAUCGUGCCAGAAACACAAGAAAACUCACCGCCUCGAAAUAAACGACGCGGGCGACGCACAAGCACCUCUUCCAACUCUUCAGUUUCGUCGGGACUGCCGUUGCCGCACUUCAACGAGUCGCUAUUGCCCAUUAACGACAUUCAAACACGAUCGCCUUUCGGUCCGCCGUUGCUUCGAACAAUCCUAAACGUGUCACAAGACAAAAACGAAACAGUUGCCAAGUCUGUGCCAACAAAAAAACCCGGAAAACGCAAAACGAGCGUUAAUACAGAAGCCCAAGCGUACUUUGACAUCAACAAAUCCCCCGAAAAGAAGUCAUCUCCGUCAAAAUCGAGUCGCAAAUCAUCCUUGAAAAACAUAAACAAGUCCAAAAAACGUCUUUAUUCGCAGCGAUUUGAAGAAGAUGAGGUAGAAUCAACAUCGCCUGAUGUCACAGAAACGCGAAAUGACGAAAUAAUCAUCCCCGAAACGCAAAAUGACGAAAUAAUCAUCCCCGAAACGCAGGAAGAGCCCGUUAGUGAACCUGAACAAGGAAAGGAAUCACGAAAUAGUGGCGAAAUUAUGCCUCCGCCGCCUGUACCGCUAAAAAGAGGGAGGCCAAAGAAGAAAUCUCAUGCUGUCGACUAUGUGAGCCCUGAAGAUCCGCAUCCGCGGGAAAUUUCAAUGUCUGUACCGGUGUCAGUGUAUGUCGAUUCUGAUCAAAUGUCGGAUGCGUCGAGCAAAAUAAGCACCGAAACGACAAAAUCAAAGCGGAAAUACACGAAAAAAGCAAAAAAGGCACCGCCUGUAGUCGAAAGCUUUGAGACAGCUGAUGAUGGAUGUCGUCGAUCGAAACGCACGAAAUAUUUGAGACCUUUGAAUCCGGGAGAAAAACCGAAACUUGUGACGACAGAGGAGUUACACGAUGUUUAUAAGAAAUAUGGUGUAGAACAAAGAAAAGCAGAAUACCUUGUUAGGAAAGAAAUUAAACAAAAAAAAGAAUACUCGAGUGCUUCAAGCGUAAUUUCUUCAAAAAUCUCGAAGAAAAAGGAAACAAUUAAAAACGCGAAUAAAGAAAGUCGUCCUGUGCUUCAAGAAAAACUUCAAAAUAUCUCCGAAGAACCCGAAGCUGAAGUUGUUUCGUCCUCCGUACAAUCGCCUACAAAGACAAAGCCUAUGAAACGCACCAAAAAUCAAAAUGCGACAUCGAAUCUCGCUUCUAUCGUAGUACAACCCGUUACCGAUGACGACGACGAACCAUCGGCAGUAAGACAAAUUGAAAAUUCCCAUAAGGACACCACUAACUUGACUAUUUCAAAGCAGAAAAGGACGCGCAAGAACCAAGAUAACCCGGAAAACGUAACGACAGCUGAUGACGAUUCGGGACUUCAUACCGUUUCCGAGAAUAAUAGCACAUCACAAAGUCGACAAGAAAAUUCCGCAACGAUCGCGCACGGAGAAGUUUCGUCGACAAAUGAGCCAGCAGCAGCAGCAGCAGCUUCCGUAUCAGUUUUGCCCGUAAAUCUUUCGCAACGACGAUCAUCACAGCGUUUCGACUGGAUCCACAAUCUGAUGGACACGAAGGAGAAACGUGACGAGAUGCCGUUCUACAUUCAGGAAUAUGACGAGCUUGCGUCGAGCGAGGACAUAAAAUUUGUCGAUAUCGAGGGCGUACAGUACGCCUGUUACUGCGGCGAAAAGUUCAAGAAUUGCGGAUACAUGAAAAUUGGGCCGAAUAUUUCCAAGAGAGAAGCCAAAGCGAAGAAAUUUGAUUUGCGAUUUUUGGUACUAAAAGCCAAAGAUAUUGAAGUUAAACUACCGAACAUGACGAUUAAACCGAAAGAAGGUUCUAUGUUUUUUGUAAAUAAGGGUGUUGCAUAUUCAAUUAUCAAUAAGAGCUCAUCGGUGUGUUUGCUGUACUUUACAAAAUCAUGAUAAAGUAGAUUUAGAGAAAAAAUAUUCUGUUAAGUUUAUAUUUUAUAUGAAACAACUAUAAUAAUUUUAAACGA